ACGGUGAAUCAGGUGGAAACCCCAGUGAGGAUCGGUACUGCACUUAUAAACCUGCCUAACGAGGAAAUAAGUGUGUCUUUGCAAUCUGACAGUCUAGUAUAGAGGGAGAAUAAAAAGCACACGGCCAUGGCACAAGCGGACAUUGCCCUGAUUGGUUUGGCUGUGAUGGGCCAGAACCUGAUCUUGAACAUGAACGACCAUGGUUUUGUGGUGUGCGCCUUCAACAGAACAGUGUCCAAGGUCCAGGACUUCUUGCAGAACGAAGCCAAAGGGACGAAGGUGGUUGGCGCGCAGUCCCUGGAGGACAUGGUGUCCAAGCUGAAGAAGCCGCGGCGCAUCAUCCUGCUGGUGAAGGCUGGCCAGGCCGUGGAUGACUUCAUUGACAAGCUGGUUCCACUGCUUGAACCAGGGGACAUCAUCAUCGACGGAGGAAACUCAGAGUACAGAGACACAACACGUCGCUGCAGGAGCCUGAAGGAGAAGAAGCUGCUCUUCGUGGGCAGCGGCGUGAGCGGGGGGGAGGAUGGGGCGCGAUACGGGCCCUCGCUGAUGCCCGGGGGCCACAAAGAGGCCUGGCCACAUAUAAAGGACAUUUUCCAGAGCAUAGCUGCUAAGGUUGGGACAGGAGAACCUUGUUGUGACUGGGUGGGCGAUGAGGGUGCAGGUCACUUUGUGAAGAUGGUGCACAAUGGGAUUGAGUAUGGAGACAUGCAGCUCAUCUGCGAGGCCUACCACCUGAUGAAGGAUGUCCUGAAGAUGGACCACGAUGACAUGGCCAAGGUGUUUGAAGAGUGGAACAAGACGGAACUGGACUCGUUCCUGAUUGAAAUCACAGCCAACAUCCUGAAGUUCAGGGACUCGGACGGGAAGCACUUGCUCCCCAAAAUAAGGGACGCUGCCGGUCAGAAAGGCACUGGGAAGUGGACUGCUAUCUCCGCCCUGGAGUACGGCACGCCGGUCACUCUAAUAGGUGAGGCAGUCUUCGCCAGGUGUCUCUCCUCCCUGAAAGAUGAACGGGUGCAGGCCAGCAAAACUCUCACGGGGCCCCAGGGGGCCAAAUUUGAGGGGAACAAGACUGAAUUCCUCGAAGAUAUCAGGAAGGCUCUUUACGCCUCCAAGAUCAUCUCCUAUGCCCAGGGCUUCAUGCUUCUGCGUCAGGCGGCCAAGGAGUUCGGCUGGACUCUGAACUACGGCGCUAUUGCCCUGAUGUGGAGAGGCGGCUGUAUAAUCCGCAGUGUUUUCUUGGGGAAGAUUAAGGAAGCAUUUGACCGGGACUCAAACCUACAAAGCCUGCUGCUGGACAGCUUCUUCAGCAGCGCUAUGCAGGACAGUCAGGUGUCCUGGCGGCGUGUGGUCAGCACUGGGGUCCAGCUGGGCAUCCCGAUGCCCUGCUUCAGCACGGCACUGUCGUUCUACGAUGGCUACCGGCACAACAUGCUUCCCGCCAACCUGCUCCAGGCUCAGAGGGACUACUUUGGCGCUCACACCUAUGAGCUCCUGUCCAAGCCUGGGGAGUUCAUCCACACGAACUGGACUGGACACGGGGGCAACGUUUCCUCUUCUUCCUACAACGCCUAAGGAUGCCCACAGGCGCACUGAUGCCCACAGCGACACCGAGAGGCACAGUGAGACACAACAGAGACGCAGACACAUUUACACAAACGGAGACGGACAUACAGAGACCCAUAGACACAGACUCACCAAACACCUACAAAAUGGGCAGCUGAGAGCACUGAGAGGAUUGGACGGAAACAGACCAACACAUUCCUUUUGUAAACAAAAUAAUUUAUAAAGAAAUGUUUGUCUAAGAUGGUAAGAUUAGAAGUUUCGUAAAGGCGUGGUUAGAGCAUAUACUGUAUUAUUUAUCCAGGAGAAAGGAAAAUCAUAGUACUUGUAAAAUGUAUUUCUCUUCACAUGGUUGAUCGUUUAGGUAGGUCUGGUAACGACUGUUCCAUAGGGGAGGAGGUCGCUUUGCUUUUUUGAAUCAUGUUUUCGCAUCUUUCACAGUAUAAAUAAUGGAGUAAAUUUAGGUAGUUCAUUGGAUUAGGCUAAAUAAAGACUGAAAUCUUGUUAGAAUUGGAUCCUGUCCUCUGUUCAAGGUCCAACAGAAGAUCUCUAAAAGGAAAGAGAGGUUUGUAUUCAUUGCUAGUUGUUCAUUAAAUCUUUUUUCUCCACUUG